CAGGGGUUGAUAUUUCUCCUCGUGAUGACAGCCCCCGCCCACCCCCCAAUAUUCGGGUGAAUGACCCCGGCAAGCGCUGGCCAGUGAACACUAAUCGUCAUUGUGCCCCAACGAAUUGUUAUCCCCUCGAACCUUCGCUUAAAACGCACUUGACCAGCUACUCCGAAAAAUCCGGCCUUAUCAUCCAGCGCAGUGAUGAUGUAACGAGCUAUAACUGUAUUUUCGUAAAGGCACUGUUGCAUGGAUUUUCCGAGUCCGAGUAUUUGUUGUGCACUGACCUUGCUGACCGACGGGGGAAACCGAAAUUCUCGGAAAUCAGGUUCAAAACACACAAUACCUCCCCUGAUUGUUUACAUCACUCAGGACUGGGGGGAGGGGGACUCAAGGUCAGGGCUGAGCUCGAAGUGCCAAAAAAGGAGCGCCAGGGAGGGGGCAUUUGAGACAUUUCAGUCAGUGCCAUAAAAAUAGAAGAAGAAUUGAGAGGGCUCGGGGGGUGACACGUCGAGCUAAUGACACAUGGGGAACACGAGGAGAUGCUGGCGAGUGGGAGCUACUCUGAGGACUCCAGGGAGGACAAGAGUGCCAUCAGGUGCAUCUUCUUCUCCGAGUUUCAUCACAUAGCUGGGCCCAAAAUCACCUGUCAGGUGCCUGACAACUAUGUUUCCAAAGACAUUUUCGAUAAUGUCUCGGUUUACAUUAUCCCGAAGGCUCAACUGCAGAGGAGCACAAUCACCGUGACUCUGAGAGAUUGUAAAAUCCUGGGCUUUCCAGUGAAAAUAGACGACAAAAAAUACGCAAGAAACGCAUUCUACUUCAACCUCUGCUUCGUGUGCGACGCAGAAGCGAGGACCGUUCACUACGAGCCAGUCGUCAAAAAAAUGUCUGAUUUUCUGAUGGCAUUAGAAGUCGAGAAUUGUUUUCUCUCCUCAGUCUCAGAGGACAAAUGCCGCCUCUCCGAGAUGCUCCGACAGGUGAUGAACGACCUGAAUACCCACAAGAUGUGCAUAUUAACCGAGGGAACGAUGACAACUCACUUGAAGGUCGUGAGACUGGCGGCCGAGCCCAAGCCAGUGCUCGAUCACCAAGUGCCAAUCUUCCUGGAGGGCAAGGAGGCGUACUGCAGUGACCAGUGGGAUCUGACGACCCAACAGGUCCUCCCCUACAUCGACGGCUUCAACCACGUCGCCAGGAUCGCAGCCGAGGCGGACGUCGAGAACAACUUGGUCAAGAGUUGUGUUCAAAAUUUAGUGUAUUACGGUGUCGUCACUCUUAUCCCCAUUUUCCAAUACAGCAAUGUUUACGCGACGACUCCUAAACUGAAGGAACUCGCUGAAGACUACGGGCUGCAGCAGAGGUCCAUCGCUUAUGCCUCGAAAUCACCACGACAGCCAGCUUAUUUGAGAGAUAUCUAUCGAAUGUACGCGAGUAUGACCCACGGAACAAGCAUGAGGGACCUGUGUCAACGUCUAAAUCCCCAGAAUUUGAGAAUCAACGAGAGACGACUAGUUCAAUUUGGAUUGAUCGAGGCCCUUAUUCGCCGAGUGUACAGGUACCCCAUCUACAUAAAAGGCACCUGUGGAGAAAUGGAGGAGGAAGACGACUGCCGAUCGGAUUCAAUCUACAAAUACUUCACGGGUUCCUACAGUCUCGACGAAAUUUGCUGCACAACUGGACAGUCAGCAGCCCAGAUUGAGGAGACAGUGGAGAAGGACCCCAACGUCGUCAUGUUGUGGAAAUAAUUUACUCCCAAAGCCUAAGAAACCAUUCGAAAAGUACAAUUUUCUCCGAAAAAAAUUCAGUCAAAAAAAUCUCCAACAAAAAAUUUCCAUUAAAAUACUUUUGUUGCUUUGACGUUGUAAAUACAAUCAUUGAAUUCAAAUCUGGGAAUGUGAGUGCAUUGAAAUUCGGCCAGAUUGAGGAGACAGUGGAGAAGGACCCCAACGUCGUCAUGUUGUGGAAAUAAUUUACUCCCAAAGCCUAAGAAACCAUUCGAAAAGUACAAUUUUCUCCGAAAAAAAUUCAGUCAAAAAAAUCUCCAACAAAAAAUUUCCAUUAAAAUACUUUUGUUGCUUUGACGUUGUAAAUACAAUCAUUGAAUUCAAAUCUGGGAAUGUGAGUGCAUUGAAAUUCGGCCAGAUUGAGGAGACAGUGGAGAAGGACCCCAACGUCGUCAUGUUGUGGAAAUAAUUUACUCCCAAAGCCUAAGAAACCAUUCGAAAAGUACAAUUUUCUCCGAAAAAAAUUCAGUCAAAAAAAUCUCCAACAAAAAAUUUCCAUUAAAAUACUUUUGUUGCUUUGACGUUGUAAAUACAAUCAUUGAAUUCAAA